GAGUGGGAGAAUGGGGAGAAAACGGGCAGUGACCGUAAGACCUAGCCUGAAUCAGUUCAUCCGAUUACUUCGAGCCGUUAUUACUCCCUCAGUUGAGAGGAGAAAACGACUCGAAGCAAUCGGAUGAAUUUCAGGCGUAAGACCGUGAUGCAACUCUUCAUUUUUUCUCCUUUUCUCGUUCUCAGACUCCUCAAGGUCAGUGUGACCGUUACCCAAAGGAAAACGACCGCGACAAAAAUGCGAUUUUGAAAUAAGCCGCCUGCCGCUCCCUACAAAAUUUUUUCCGAACUCGCACAAGUGAGCCUGCUCGCACGUUAAGCCCUUGGUUGACGUCCUUCGCUCGCGCGCGCCAUUCCCGCCAUUUUUUAAAGACCAUGGUAGCCUGGCCUUUUUGUCGUUCUCGAGUAUUUCAACAUGGCCGACGGAUACUGACAAAAUCGUAUAGCGACUGUCUUUAAUUUUAUCUCAUUUUAAGGCGUUAAGCGCCAAUUUUCUAACGCCAUGGACAAGUUUGUCAUUAGAACUAAACGUAGCCCCAGACCAGAAUGUACCAGCUCCGCGAAAGUGGACAAUAAAAAGCAAUCAACAAUCGAAAGUCUUGCGGUGAGUUUUCAAAAUGUUCUAGUCACCAUUAAUUAACACUUUCACUAACAGCCAAGGUAAACUGUAUUAGUUUUAGAUCACUUACUAGACUGCGAGCAGUCUCUUAUUUUUCUUUGUAAAGUUACUGCACGCGAAACCCAAGCACGCGAGAUCUUCCCAAUCCCUUAUUGAAACGUAACGUCGUGGUUUGCAAUCUCGCUGGCUGAGAUAAGAACUAGACGGAUUUUAAGAGAAAAGGCUAACUGCAAGCAGUCUUAUCACUUACUAAAGUAUCUUGCUGUGUAGCCUGAAUGUUUUAGGAUUUUUUUAGGCUAUAUUAAAACGCCUUAUAGGGGACGUUUCUGGGGGUAAUGCAAGAUACAAGGAAUUUGACGUUUUACAAGUCUAGAUAGAUAAAGUGAUUUUUUGUUUUUCUAGAGUGUUGUUGUGGUGGAAGAAAUACAUCGUCUUAAAUGCGAACUAGAGAGUGAUGUCUCCACCCCUGAAGCAAUUUUGUCAGCACUAAAAAAGUUGGGUACGAAGAACUUGUCUAAAGAUGUUUUGCUCUCCACGAAAAUUGGCCACACUGUGAACCGACUGCGGCGUCAAGGAAGCAGUGAGGAAAUAAGAGAACAAGCAAAGCUAGUCUUUAGAAGAUGGCGAGGGUUUAUCAAAGAAUUAGAAAGAGAAAAGCCUAUUAUUGAGGUUCACUGUGAUAAGAAAACUGAAGUUGUCAGAGGAAAAGCAAGAAAGUUGUUGGCUGAUGCUCUUCAAAUGACGGUAUGAUGUUCUCGGCUUAUAUUAUUACUUGAACAGUCAGUAAAUGUGAUCUUACUGCCAGGAAGUUAGAGCUAUUGUAUUCUGAAACUGAGGCGAAGCCGAGAGUUUUUACACCAUAUAAUACACAACUGUGAGUUUUUUGAACGGCUUCAAAAUCUCUAAUAUAGAUCAACUCAUUUUUGCUUCGCCUCGAGUUUUUAAACCUGAUAAUACACUCCUGCUCGUUUUUUAAACAGUACUUGACUUGACUUUAUGGGCUGCAUAAUUAUGCAGAUGGCUUAGCGAUAGAGUUGAAUCAGUAUACAUAGUUCGCCUUUAAAGCAGGUCUUGUCCCUCUCUACUUACAAGGAGAGGAAGCCUGCAUUAGGAUUGCGAUGGACUAUUGCUCUUUAACAAAAAUCUUGUGCUACAUGUAUGUGUACUUGCUUAUGCAUUCACAAAAAUAAGAUAUUUUUAUAUAAAGUUAUUACAGUAUGGUGAAUGGCACAUCCUAUUUAGUGGUCCUUUCUCUACCAAUUAGUGAACAAAGUGGAAAUUGGAAUUGUUAGUUUUUUAAGACAGGGAAAACCUGGAGUGUCCAGAGAAAACCACUCUAAAGUAAGGAGAACAACUCAAAAAUAUACUCAACUGACAUGUGGUAAGGUUGCCUGUUGGAUUAGAAUGUAGGCCCCAAUAGUGGGAGGCCUGUGCUCUUGCCACUAUACAACCUUGCUCAGCAAAGAAACUUGUUGUGGUGUGUACAGGUAGAAAUCUUUUUUAACUUAUUCAGUCUGUUUUGUUUGUUUGUUUUUUCCUUAUUUGCAGAUUACAGAAAAUUUACCAGAGCUUAUCGAAAGGACUGUGUUUCAUAAGUUUGGCAGGCUUAUCAACAACAACUAUAAGAGAAAGAUGCGGUCACUGGUUUUCACUUUGAAACACAGGGAUGCUAUCAGAAAUAGGGUUUUAAGUGGAGAAAUUACAGUGGAAAAAUUUGUUAACUCAUCUCCGGAUCAACUUUUGACAUAG